UACUACCACCAUCCUCCUCGCGGCGCGCGCCCCGACGAAGCCCCUCAUCAGUCUUGUCGCGAACGCGAGUGCCACGCGCCUCCAUAAUCCAUCCUGCUGCGCUUUGCAGCCCUCACGUCUGCCAACGCGAGCGCCUCAGCCUCACCACCGCCUACUGCGAGACAUGGCGGCCUUGGAUCCUUGGGCAGAUUCAGCGCCUUUUCCCUCCGCAUCUGACCUCACAGUCCCAGCUUCCGGCUCAACGGCUUCUGCGAUAUUGCCGCAAGCACGCCAUCCUCCAACUGAUGUGCCAACCCAGGGAGGUAGACUGUUCGAUGAAGCUUUAGAUGUAGGAGCAGGCUGGGGUCAUGAUGACGUGCCAGAGACUGAAGCGUCCGGGCCGUCACAAGGUGCGUCCAGCCCUGCGCAGCACAUACCAUCUGGACAUGUGUCAUCUCGACCAGAAGACAGCUCUGCUGCACACAGCGCAGCGAUCGUCAAAGGAGUCGAGGAAGACUCUCUCUCUGAUGACUUUAGAGAUGCUCAGGACAGCCCAGCCCCCUCCGACGCGCAUCUUCAUCACUCCUUUGCGAAGGCAACACCCAAUCUGCCCACCUCGCUCCCUCAUCAGCAGUCAUCAGGCAGCACGACCGAUGUUCAGCCCUCGACUACCAACUUCGAAGAUGACUUCGGCGACUUUGACGACGCGCCAUCCAUGAGAUCGGAUGGACACGCUAGCGAUGACGCCUUUGGGGACUUUGACGAGGGGGCAGUCGCAAGCGGUGGGGGGUUAGCAACAACAGGCCAAGCUGUGCUAUCUAGCUCUGCAGCGUCACAGGCAUCUCUCGUAAGUCAAACUGCAGUGUGUAUGAGGGUGGAUAGCAUUCAGGGGCUUGGGGUUUAGCCACGCGAUGAAUGCCUUCGUCCGGGAAUUGAGGUAGCUUUUUUCGCGCACCAUCACUUUGACUAAGGUUCAUGUCAUCGUUAGUGGCCGACGACGCUGAUUCCGGUACCCUGUAUGCUUCUCGCAUUUCUCAGCGCUCCUCACUACACGUCACACUGCAAAGCACGGCAUCUGAUCUGGCGGAGCAAAUCCGAGAUAUACUAUCUCCGCCUACCCAUGACACGCACGCGCAGCAUCCAUUCUAUGAAGGCGCAGCGUCACAGCUAGGCAGGGAGAUGGUGAAAGAGGGGCAGAGAGUGAGGUCCGGCUUCAGGUGAGUC